UUGGCUUAAACCAUUAUUUCUACAACACAUACCAUUUCUUCUUCCUCAAUUUUUCUUCUAUAUUUUUCUUAAGAAAAUGGCCAAAAUUGGCAUUUUAACAUUAGGUUUCAUAUUUGUUUUUUGCAACAUUUUGGUUAGUACUGCAAAUGCUUUCUCUGCUUCUGGAUGGAUGAGUGCUCAUGCUACUUUUUAUGGAGGAUCUGAUGCUUCUGGCACAAUGGGGGGUGCUUGUGGCUAUGGGAACUUGUAUUCAACAGGUUAUGGUACAAACACUGCUGCAUUAAGUACUGCAUUGUUCAAUGAUGGAGCAUCAUGUGGUCAAUGUUAUAAAAUUAUGUGUGAUUAUAAUCAAGAUUCUAAAUGGUGCAUUAAGGGAACAUCUAUUACAAUUACAGCCACUAAUUUUUGUCCACCAAAUUUUGCACUUCCUAGCAAUAAUGGUGGAUGGUGCAACCCACCAAGGCCACAUUUUGACAUGGCUCAACCUGCUUGGGAAAAAAUUGGUAUCUACAGAGGUGGCAUUGUUCCUGUCAUGUACCAAAGGAUUCCUUGUGUGAAAAAAGGUGGAGUUAGAUUUACAAUAAAUGGAAGGGACUAUUUUGAGCUAUUAAUGAUAAGUAAUGUAGGAGGGGCUGGAUCAAUUCAAUCAGUACAAAUUAAAGGAUCAAGAACCAAUUGGAUGACAAUGGCUAGAAAUUGGGGGGCCAAUUGGCAAUCAAAUGCAUUUCUUAAUGGACAAUCUCUGUCAUUUAAGGUCACAACAUCAGAUGGUGUCACUAAAACAUUCUUAAAUGUUGCUUCAUCCAAUUGGCGAUUUGGACAAACAUAUUCAAGCUCUGUUAACUUCUAAUUUAAAAAAAAACAAAAGUCGAAAACUUCGGAAUUUGAAGUUUAUGAGUUUAUAUUUAUACGUGUGAUAGGCAGCGGCGUGCUUACUGUUUUACUGAAAGCAGCCCGCCCCCCUUCCUCUGUCUUCUUUUAUUCGAUAUUCGAAAUAUACUGGCUCGAUUAUUGAUGAAGUAAGUUCAUGAACUCUAGUCCGAAGGUGCUGGAAACAUAAAUAUAUUUGAAAUUUAUUGUGUGUAUGUAGUGUAGUGUGAAAUUUGCAUAUUUAUUUUUUAUAUAUCAAAAGAAUAUAAUAAGACCUUUUGUCUUUGAUGCAAAUGUUUGUAGGUGCAUCAAACAUAUAUACUUCUAAUUUUUAUUUUAAUUUUUGCCCUCUAUUGUAAGCUUGUAUUGUAAUAAGGUCAUGUUAUACAUAUAUUGUAUCAAAUGUUCCUAUGUUUUG